UUACGGACGAAAGAUGGGAACUUCUGAAGUAGCAAAGAAGCGGAUCCUCCCAGCAUGGAUGACAGAGAGGAUGACUGAGCCUGCGCAGAAAUGGGCAGAAGUGAGGAGAAAGAGAAGGAAAAAAGUGUGGGCAAGGACUGAGACCAUCUACUGUAUGAAUGAAGCAGAGCUGGUAGAUGCAGCUCUGUGCGUUCUGGCUGAGAAAUGCAAGGGCAAGGAAGUGGAGAUCACAUCAUCGGAAGAUGAAGCCCAAGAGCCUCGGCAAGUAAUGGCAGAUCCUCAGAGGACUUCAGUGAGUGUAAGUGAUGGCACAGGAGCCCAGAGCCAUGGGACAGAAUUCAAGACUCCAAACAAGUUGUUGGCUUCAGCCUGUAACGAGAAAACUAAAUCAGAUGAAGAUGAUGAUGCUUUAAAAUACGUCAGGGAGAUCUUCUUUACUUAACUUCCAAACUUAAUACAUUUCUCUGCAUUCUGGUGAUUAAGGAUGUUUUG